AGUCGGAGCCUAGCUGCGCGAGAGUUUCUGCUCGCUCAACCGAGUUGUCGUGUUGCCCUCGCUUCUCAGAUCCCCGCCGGAAGUGUAAGUAAGAAACUUCUCUCCUCUUUUCUCACAAUGUGUGCUCACCUAGACGGCCGGGCAGUUAGGAUCGUCUAUUGGAUGUGAAACCAGAGAUGCCCGCCAACCUGGAAUAGAGAGGAAGAGAACAAGCAGAUUUGAACCUAUCUGCUUUCAAGCUGGUCAUCAUGAUGAAACUUAGACACAAAAAUAAAAAGCCAGGUGAAGUUUCCAAGGGCCACAAGAAGAUAAGUUGGCCCUACCCUCAGCCUGCAAAGCAAAAUGGGAAGAAAGCAACCUCCAAAGUGCCCUCUGCACCUCAUUUUGUUCACCCCAAUGAUCAUGCCAAUCGAGAGGCUGAAUUAAAGAAGAAGUGGGUUGAGGAGAUGAGGGAGAAGCAGCAAGCCGCCCGGGAGCAAGAAAGACAAAAACGCAGGACCAUCGAGAGCUACUGUCAGGAUGUCCUAAGACGCCAGGAGGAGUUUGAGCAUAAGGAGGAAGUUUUGCAGGAAUUAAAUAUGUUUCCUCAGCUGGAUGACGAGGCCACGAGGAAGGCUUAUUACAAGGAGUUCCGUAAGGUGGUGGAAUACUCUGAUGUGAUUCUGGAAGUCCUGGAUGCCAGAGACCCAUUAGGCUGCCGCUGCUUCCAAAUGGAGGAGGCUGUCCUGCGAGCACAAGGCAACAAGAAGCUGGUCCUGGUCUUGAACAAGAUUGACCUGGUCCCCAAGGAGGUUGUGGAGAAAUGGCUGGAUUACCUUCGGAAUGAGUUGCCAACUGUGGCUUUCAAGGCCAGUACCCAGCAUCAGGUCAAAAACCUGAAUCGUUGCAGUGUGCCAGUAGGUCAGGCCUCUGAGUCACUGCUGAAAAGCAAAGCCUGCUUUGGAGCUGAAAACCUCAUGAGGGUUCUGGGGAACUAUUGCCGCCUUGGUGAAGUGCGCACCCACAUUCGUGUGGGUGUUGUGGGUCUUCCCAAUGUUGGGAAGAGCAGCCUGAUCAAUAGCCUGAAGCGCAGCCGCGCAUGCAGCGUGGGAGCUGUUCCUGGAAUUACCAAAUUCAUGCAGGAGGUCUACCUGGACAAGUUCAUCCGGCUCUUGGAUGCUCCAGGCAUUGUCCCAGGGCCCAACUCAGAGGUGGGCACCAUCCUGCGUAACUGCGUCCACGUGCAGAAGCUGGCAGACCCUGUGACCCCAGUGGAGACCAUCCUGCAGCGCUGCAACCUGGAGGAGAUUUCCAACUAUUAUGGCGUUUCUGGGUUCCAGACCACUGAGCACUUUCUGACGGCGGUGGCCCACCGUUUGGGGAAGAAGAAGAAGGGAGGCUUAUAUAGUCAGGAACAGGCGGCCAAAGCUGUCCUAGCUGACUGGGUGAGCGGGAAGAUCAGCUUCUAUAUACCACCACCAGCCACUCACACUCUGCCCACCCAUCUCAGUGCUGAGAUCGUUAAGGAAAUGACCGAGGUCUUUGACAUCGAGGAUACUGAGCAGGCCAAUGAAGACACCAUGGAAUGCUUGGCCACCGGAGAAUCUGAUGAGCUGUUGGGUGACACGGACCCACUUGAAAUGGAGAUCAAGUUGCUCCAUUCUCCGAUGACGAAAAUAGCAGAUGCCAUUGAAAAUAAAACCACCGUGUAUAAGAUUGGAGAUCUCACUGGGUAUUGCACCAAUCCGAACCGUCAUCAGAUGGGGUGGGCUAAACGCAAUGUGGACCACCGCCCUAAGAGCAACAGUAUGGUGGAUGUCUGCUCAGUGGACCGCCGCUCAGUGCUGCAGAGGAUCAUGGAGACGGACCCCCUGCAACAGGGCCAGGCUCUGGCAUCUGCCCUGAAAAAUAAGAAGAAGAUGCAGAAACGUGCAGAUAAAAUCGCCAGCAAGCUGUCUGAUUCCAUGAUGUCUGCUCUCGACCUCUCUGGCAAUGCUGAUGAUGGUGUUGGUGACUAAUCGACUGAUCUCACUUCCCUUCCGCUCCAAGCACCAGUUCCGGUGGUACGGGGGAAUACCAGUGAAAUAGUUUGGUUCUCCCUGAAGCAUCUGCAUAUUGAAAGAACGCUUUCCCCACUGUGUGUCUUCUCCCCCUCCUCCAGUAAAAACAGUCCCGGCUAGGUGCUGUGGCUCACGUCUGUAAUCCCAGCACUUUGGGAGGCCGAGGUGGGCAGAUCACCUGAGGUCAGGAGUUCGAGACCAGCCUGGCCAACAUGGUGAAACCCCGUCUCUACUAAAAAUACAAAAAAAUUUAGCCGUGCUUAGUGGCAGGUGCCUAUAAUCCCAGCUACUUGGGAGGCUGAGGCAGGAGAAUCGCCUGAACCUGGGAGACUAAGGCAGGAGAAUCGCCUGAACCUGGGAGGCAGAGGUUGCAGUGAGCCCAGACGGCACCAUUGCACUCUAGCCUGGGCAACAACACGAAACUCCGUCCCAAAAAAAAAAAAAAAAAAAAAAUCCCAAGGGGCUGCAGCUGCCAAACCCAAUACCCUCUAUUUAACCCCUACUCUGUUUUACAAGAGAAAUAAAAGAAGUAUCAGCAGAGCUCAGGUGCUAACACCUGUUGAGGACUGACCUACAAAACUCUGCCUACAAAACUCUCUUAGACAGGUGAAUAUGCCACUAGAAGUUAGGUUGCUGGUAGACCUGGGGGUCCCUCCGGGAGGGUGAUGGUUUCUUUACCACCCCACAGGAGAUUUCAGUGGCAAGGCAUGCCUGCAGUGGGCUUUGGGCCAUGCAUCUUCCAAGUCCAUAGGUCUUCACCUGGGUGGCAGUGAGAAAAAGUAGAAAGUAAUGAGCCUCCUGUGUCUCUGGAAGGUUCUAGGGAUAGGGUAGAGGGAAGAAGAGAACAAACAAGCCUGGCUUGUGCUGAAGUAUGGUAGGCACUACCCUGUUUGCGUGAAGAGAAAACAAAGCACCUGUUAGUAGGGCGGCUUUAGGGGGAAGCCCCGUCUUGGGGGCAUUUCUGGGCAGAUUGUGAAUUGGAGGAAUCUCUUUAACUGAAGUACUCUGGCUGGACCCUGCCCUUGUGUGACCAUGUCUCCUAUUGCACCAGCAUUUGAAUUCCAUGGCUCAAGAGGGUUCUGGUACCAUUUAUUCACAGACUGUAUCCUCGAGAGAGCUGCUAUGUAUGGGAGUGUACCAGCCAACUCCUUUUCCAGUGUCUGUAAGUCACCUCAUUAAAGUAUAAUUAGCUGUCUCCUCUGGGAGAUCCUACCCCAUCAGACAAGGGCAGUGAGCCCAAGCAGUGCCAGAGGCCCUCAGAAAGGGAUUAGGGUAGAUGAUUGCAACUGAAACACAGUCUUCUUUCUUUGCCAGGGUAUUUUGGGGGUUUUGCCCCAAAAUAUACCCUGGGCAUAGCAUUACUGCAGUCUUGGAUGUCUACCCCAAACUUCCACACCAUCCUUCGACCCACAGCUGCACCUUUAUUUAUUUAUUUUGCUCUGUUGCCCAGGCUGGAGUGUGAUGGCAUGAUCUCGGCUCACUGCAACCUCUGCCUCCCGGGUUCAAGUGAUCCUCCUGCCUUAGCCUCCCAAGUAGCUGGGAUUACAGGCACCUGCCACCACGCCUGGCUAGUUUUUGUAUUUUUAGUAGAGACGAUGUUUCACCAUGUUGACCAGGCUGGUCUCGAACUCUUGACCUCAAGUGAUCCACUCGCUUCGGCCUCCCAAAGUGCUGGGAUUAUAGGUGUGAGCCACUGUGCCCAGCCCCACAGCUGCAUCUUAACCUUGCCUUUGCCUCUGCCUCUCAAGCUGGUACCUCCUAAUUUACAUCCUAAGAGUGGAACCAUGUGACAAGGACUGGAGUGCCAUUGGCUGUGGACUGUUCAGGCAGGGAAGUACAAGACCACUCUUGUAUUCAGGGGCAACCAAAGGAGAGAAUUACGUACUUGUUAAGUACAAACUGCACCAAGCCCUGGAGACCCAUUACCACCUUUAACCCUCAAUACAGCUCUGCUAGUAAGGGAUUCGUCUCCCCAAAUGAAAAAAAAAAGUAAUCUCAGAAUGUUGGCCGAGCAUGGUGGCUCACACCUGUAAUCCCAGUUAUGCAGGAGGCUGAGGCAGGAGAAUCACUUGAUCUCAGGAGGCGAAGGUUGCAGUGAGUCGACAUCACACCACUGCACUCCAGCCUGGGGGACAGAGUGAGACUUCGUCUCGGAAAAAAAAAAAAAAAGUUGACAGGAUGGCCAGACCCAAGUGGGCGUAUUAAGUGGUGGUGCUAGGAUUGGAACCCAAGCGUGAUUAAAACCCUAUGCAGGCCCUUUCCUCUAUAUUGUACUGCCUCCUUAACAAAGGAAGAUUGAUUAAGCCCCUACUUUGUGCCAGUCUCUGUUAUCAAGUCCGUUAAAUGCAUUUAACGUUAAAUUUUUUCUUUUUUGGUUUAAAAAACUCUAGUUUCUUAAACUACUAGUUUUUAGUGUCUUGCUAAAACUACACUCUGUGCUCUUGAAUAGGCUACAACUUAUUUCACACUAUCUCAUUGAACUCUCCUGGUAUGUGAUAGUGUUAUAAUAAAAAAUUGCAUACCAGGACAGCUAAGUCUAUUUUGCAACCAUACAGCGUUUCAUAAUUUAGCAUUUAAAAUACAGACAGUCCCCGACUUUUGGUGGUUUGAUGUGGGAUUUUUGGUGGAAAAGCAGUAUACAUUCAGAAUGCACCUCUACUUAUGAUGGGGCUACUUCCUGGUAAACCCAUUGUAACGUGCAAAUUACGGGUUUAUCAGGAGGUGACCCCAUCGGUAAUGGAGAAGUGCUGGGAGGUAAAUAUUAGAAAUGGAAGUAUCUAAAUGAGUAAGAAACAGCAUGGGAGCAUAAUUUGGCCAAAAUCAAACAGAACUAAAGUAGUCAUGUUGGUAAGAAUUUGGGACUGCAGGCCAGUUACGAUAGCUCUUACCUGUAAUCCCUGCAUUUUGGGAGGCCAAGGCAGGCGGAUCACUUGAGGUCAGGAGUUCAAGACCAGCCUAAACAAUAUGGCGAAACCUCAUCUCUACCAAAAAAAUACAAAGAUUAGCUGGGCAUGGUGUCUCAUGCCUGUAGUCCCAGCUACCUAUGGGGCUGAGGCAGGAGGAUCUCUUGAGCCCAGGAGGUCGAUGCUGCAUUGAGCCGAGAUUGUGCCACUGCACUCCAGCGUGGGCAACAGAGUGAGACUGUCUCAGGGGGGAAAAAAAAGAGGAAAACAAAAAAGACGUUGGGAGUGCAGUUUCUCUACCUACAGCAUAUCUCAAAGGUUUUUUUUAAAAAAGUAUUUUCUUAACUUUUUACCUUCAUUUUUCAAAACAAUUAGGGUACAAUUUACAUAUAGUAAAGUUCACUCUUUAUAGUUUUAGUUAUGUGAGUUUGUACAAACAUAUACAGGAGUGAACCACUACCACAAUCGAAAUAUAGUUGCAUCACCCCCCUAAAACUCUCCAGGCCCUUUUGUAGUCAACUCCUACCCCCAACCCUCAGAUUCUGCUAACUACUGAUUUGUUUUCUGCCCCUAUAGUUUUGCUUUAGUAUGACUGUCAUAUCGAUAGAAUCAUACAAUGAGUAGGCUUAUUUUAUGCCUUCAGGUUUUAAAAAUUAUAAACAUUUACAUUACAGUAAAAUUCACUCUGGUAUACAGUUCUAUAAAGCUCUGAUAAAUGUGUAGAGUUGUGUAACCACCAAUGCAACCAAGGUACAGAACAGUCCUCUUAGCCUCUCCCUACCAAAUUUAUUCCUGCUACUUUGUAGUCAAAACCAGUCCCCUACACCCAAACCCUGGCAGUCACUGGUUUUUUUCUUCGUUCUCUUUUUUUUUUUUUUUUUUUUUGAGACAGAGUCUAGCUCUGUUGUCCAGGCUGGAGUGGUGCAGUGGCGUGAUCUCGGUUCACUGCAACCUCCGCCUCCAGGGUUCAAGCGGUUCUCCUGCCUCAGCCUCCCGAGUAGCUGGGAUUAUGGGCGCCCGCCACCACGCCCAGCUAAUUUUUGUAUUUUUAGUAGAGAUGGGGUUUCACUGUUUUGGCCAGGCUGGUCUCGAACUCCUGACCUCAUGAUCCUCGUGCCUCAGCCUCCCAAAGUGCUGGGAUUGCAAGAGUGAGCCACUGCGCCUGGCCUUUUUCUUUGUUCUUAUAUUUUUGUCUUUUUUUUUUUUUUUUUUUGAGACAGAGUCUCACUCUUUCACUGAGGCUGGAGUGCAGUGGCGUGAUCUUGGCUCACUGCAACCUCCACCUCCUGGGUUCAAGCGAUUCUCCUGCCUUAGCCUCCCGAGUAACAGGGACUACAGGUGCCCACCACCAUGCUGGGCUAAUUUUUGUAUUUUUAGUAGAGGCGGGGGUUUCACCACACUGACCAGGCUGGUCUUGAACUUCUGACCUCAAAAGAUCCACCCACCUCAGCCUCCCAAAGUGCUGGGAUUAUAGGCAUGAACCACCGUGUCCGGCCAUAUAUUUUCGUCUUUUGAAGAAUGUUAUAUACGUGAAAUUAUAUGGUAUGUAGCAUUUUGAGAGCGACUUCUUUUGCUAUGAGUAAUACAUUUGAGAUUCAUCCAUAUUUUUCAGUAUAUUAAUAGUUCUUAUUUCUGAGUCACUCCAUUGUGUGGAUUUACUACUGUUUGUUCCCCAGUUGAAGGAUGUUUAGGAUCUUUGCAGUUUUGGACGAUUACAAGUAAAGCUGCUAUAAACAUUUGUAUGCAA